AUGGGCUGUAUCCAAAGCAUUACCUGCAAGGCGCGGAUCCGGCGCGAGAACAUCGUGGUGUACGAUGUGUGCGCCACCAUCGACCAGUGCCCCACGCGCAUCGAGGAGACCUCGCCCAUCGUCCUGCGCUACAAGACCCCCUACUUCAAAGCUUCGGCCCGCGUGGUCAUGCCCCCCAUCCCCCGCCACGAGACCUGGGUGGUGGGCUGGAUCCAGGCGUGCAACCAGAUGGAGUUCUUCAACACCUACAGCGACCUGGGCAUGUCAAGCUGGGAACUGCCUGACUUGAGGGAAGGGAGAGUAAAAGCCAUCAGUGACUCAGAUGGGGUGAGCUACCCUUGGUACGGGAACACCACAGAAACUGUGACCCUGGUUGGCCCCACCAACAAGAUCUCCAGGUUCUCCGUCAGCAUGAAUGACAAUUUCUACCCCAGUGUGACAUGGGCAGUGCCAGUGAGUGACAGCAAUGUGCCACUGCUCACGAGGAUCAAGAGGGACCAAAGUUUCACUACCUGGCUGGUGGCCAUGAACACCACCACGAAAGAGAAGAUCAUUCUGCAGACUAUCAAGUGGAGGAUGAGGGUGGACAUUGAGGUGGACCCUCUUCAGCUCUUGGGGCAACGGGCCCGGCUGGUGGGCAGGACUCAGCAGGAGCAGCCCCGGAUCCUGAGCCGGAUGGAACCUAUCCCCCCCAACGCACUAGUGAAACCCAAUGCCAACGAUGCCCAGGUCCUCAUGUGGAGGCCCAAGCGGGGGCCACCUCUGGUUGUGAUCCCUCCUAAGUAGAAGCAGACUGGCCUAACUGUGUGUGGAGCACACGCCACUGAGACACACAGUGAGGUUGCCAGGGGUGGCAGGAGCCAAACUGAGUUUC